AUGCGCGUACACGAAGCCGUCUGGCGCUACGCAGUCUCCGCAGCCAACGACCUCGAACAAGAAUAUCCGUAUCAGCGCCUUCAACUUCGCGAAGAGGACCGUCGUCAUCGUGAUUCGAGAUGGCUUCGUGGUAGCGGAGGCAAAAAACUCCGGCGCGCUUGGUUAGCACUGCAGCCCAGCGAAAGAGAGCGGAUGAUGGAGGCCACCUCAGACCCCACAUUCCCAGAAGGAACUGACGGCGUCUUGGACGAGCGUACUCGUACAGGCCGCCAACUACGGCUCUCUCGUACAAGAAAUCGAACCGAAACCCAGCACCGGCUGCCCACUCAAGAACCACUGGCGGAUCUACUACUGGCGGGUUCGACAGCAAGCAACCGCCCUCGCAUUCGAGAUGACGUCGAGCACGCUGUUGUUGAGGGCGAAUUGCCGAGAAUUUUUCGCGCGAUGACCAGUGUGGACACUUUGAACUCGGCGCGUGUGAACUUCUAUCGAGUUGUUGAGCAGGAAACCUUGGUACAGCUGCAAGCAGACUACAAUCAAGGCAGUCUUAGUGGCUCCAUUGGCAUCCCUCGUGACCGACCCUCAGCAUGCGCACCGAGCUCAAGAACUUCACCCCCCACUACUGCCAUCAUUCUACAGAUGCUUCGGCAGUAUCAGCAGAGAUCAGUGAUCAACGCAACAUUCCGCACUCAGCCCCGUGAGCUUUAUAAGAAACGGUAUAUUCAAAUGCAUAUUGAUUCUUUCCAACUUCGGUCUCUUUCUGCUACCUCUCAGUUCCUUAGGAGCUGUCUCCUUCGACACUGCUACCGCUACUUCCAAUCGCUUCAUCACCGACGUCAUAAAUUGGUCCGGCAUCUUGAACUCGCUGUAGCGUCGACAUCUGGAUCGGGCGCGACACAUUUCUCUGCGGCUACACCAAUCGUCUCCCAUCAUCCCGCAGGCAAUUAA